CGGGCAGUGAGGACGCGCUCCUGGAAUUUCGCGGUGCUGACUGUGUCAAUAAUAAACAAAUAGCAACGUAACACAUUGGUGCAGUCUGCAGGACAACACGACCUAGGUGCAGAUCAGAACUGGUCAGCCAGGGGCACGGUAAGGACCCCAGCAGAAUAUUUCCAUAGUACACGAACCGGUCUGCAGUUUCUGCAUCGUCUCAAUUUACAGUUGUUGCAUCGUUUGGUUCUGCAAUUGUAUCGCUAAAAUACCAUGGAGAACGGCGGAGACAGCACAGCAAAGAUGAAGUAUUGUUCUCUAGGGGACGUCACGCUGAAAGAAAUUGAAGACUUGUUGAUAGAGAACUUUGCGAAGGAUGAAAAUCUUCUGAACCUGUGUCGGAACUGCGAGGGCGGCCAGCUGGACGACUACCGUCGCCGAGCGAAGGAGAUCAUCACUUCUCACGACUGGAGUGUCUCGCGACUGGCGGUGGACGCCGCCACAGGCGCGGUGGCCGGUGUCUGCCUAUGUGACAUGUCCACCCUCAACCAGCCGACCCAUGCUCUCGACGCCACGCUACAGAACAAAUCCGAGGCAUGCCGCCUCAUUGCUGACUUCCUUCUCCAGGCAGAGGAAGGAUACGAUGUGUUCCAGGAUCUCGGAGUCAAGAAGGUGCUCAAUCUGAAUAUCGUGACCGUUGAUAAAAGUUAUCGCCGUCAGGGCAUAUCAUUUGAACUCAGACGCCAGUGCCUUGAGCUGGGCCGCCAGCAUGGCUGCCAAGCUGUUGUCGAUGUCGCCACCUCGCCCUACACUCGCAAAGCGCUCGUCAAGCUCGGCUUCGAGCGGGUCAAGUUCCUGCCCUUCACCCAGUCGGUGCUCGCCGGUGUUGAGAAAGUCGACCUGUCGGGCUGCGGACCCGAUGAUGGAGCCGCUCUGAUGGUUCUCCGGCUGUGAGAGUGACCUCAGGGAAGCCUUGGAGGUCCUGAAGGAUGAUAGAUGCCUCUUGGGUCUAGCUCAUCAUAGCAGGCAUGUAGUUAGUCAUCGAGGAAUGUAUGUGCUUAAUCUUUUGAUGUGCGAUGUGACGAUGUCAGUUGCAACUUGCAGACUGUUGAAUUGUAGAAGACAGUUUGAUGAAAAUCAACAAAACACACGCUGCUGUUUCGAUUGCUGCAUUGUCCUAUAUCAGUUAUCACGGCUUGCAAUUUUACAUUGAGGACUGAAGCAUGAAUUUUGCAUAUGAUAUUUUACUGCUCGGGUAGAUGAGACGGGAGGGCAGGUUGGAGCUGACUUUGACGAAGUGUUAACAAGUUGACUCAUUUCAGCUACAAUUAGGACUCAGGCCCUAUCGCGACGCCGGCUGUGCCGCGAAUAGCAGCGCAAGAAUUGAACUCAGUCUGCAGUCCCUUAUGGUGUUGGCCAGCAGUUAUACGAUUAAGUUGUCACUUGUCACCUUAAUCGUAUAACUUAAGGUGACAAGUUGUCACCUUAAGUUGUCACUUGUCAGCUGUUCUUAGAAAACAAAAAUUGCCUGAAAGGAGCUCUUGAAGAAUUAGGAAAAUUUUCAGAGGCCUCUGGACUAAAUUUAAACAUUGAAAAGUCGACAUGUCUUCCGGUCGGUUUUUCCCCGUCUAGUGAAGAGGAAAAUGAUUUUGGUAUCAAGUGGGUUAAGGAAAUGAAAAUACUAGGCAUUAUCUUUAACAAUAUGAACAAGAAUGUAACAAAAAUUAACUUUGAGCCUAAACUUUUACAAAUUCAAAAAGAAAUAGCACAGUGGCGCAGAAGGAAUUUGACGGUUCUAGGACGAAUAGCCGUGGUUAAGUCAUUACUCAUCUCACAACUAGUACAUUUGUUCACAGCUCUGCCGAAUCCCUCACAGAAUGAACUGAAACGCCUUAACACAUUGUUGUACUCAUUUGUAUGGGCAGGCAAACGCGACCCAGUCAAACGUGCUAAGUUGAUUCAAAAAUAUCACAAUGGAGGAUUAGCCAUGGUUGAUAUCGAAGCAUUUAUGAAAAGCAUUAAGCUGACGUGGCUCAAAAGACUAAUGAAAGCGCAAGCUCCGUGGGCAGCUUUUUCCAAAUUGGAAUUGCCACAUAUUCAAGACAUCCUAUGUUACGGAAGCAAACGUCUGGGAAAAAUAACGGCUAAAAUUAGUAACCGUUUUUGGAAAGAUGUAUUAAACGCAUUUACGUCUUUCAGUCAGCAAUACCAACCAGAAGAAACACAGAUCCUCUCUGAAAGCAUAUGGUUCUCAGACUACACGAAAUUUAAAUCAUCCAUCGUAAAAAGUUGGCAUUCAAAAGGGUUGCGUUUCAUCAUUGACCUAUUUAACGAAGAAACAGGAAAGUUGCACUCGAAAGACAGCUUACAAACAGCAUAUAACAUAAACAUGACAUUUAUUUGCUAUGAAGGCUUAAUGAGAAGCUUACCAGACUCCGUUAAAGCAAUGUCAAUACCUAAAAAAUGUCAACCAACAAUGCCAUCGCGAAUGAACCUAGUUAUGAAUCAUCCUCAUUUUUCACGUUUUGCCUACGAUAUAUUCAUACAAUUUAGACAGAAGGAACUAUAUGAAACCAAUGCGCGACAAAAACAGAAAUGGAUAAGAGACCUAGGAUGCUUCGAAGCAAAUAGUUUUAUUGAAGUACUCAAAGCAACAAAGUCAGCAUAUGUUAGAAUGUUUCAAUUUAAGCUCAUUAACAGAAUCUUAGCAACGAAUAGAUAUUUACAAAUGAUGGAUAUAACAGAUAGCGAAUAUUGUACAUUCUGCAAGGUCCAGCCUGAAACGCUUGCCCAUUUAUUCUGGUACUGCCCUAUAACGAAAGAUUUCAUAACCAAAAUCAAAACGGAAAUUCUGCAGAAAUAUGGUAUAAAUAUAAACGUAGGUUUAAAUACAUGGUUUUUCCCUACGAAUCUGAGUGCAGAGGAGACGUGUAUAGUUACACUGGCAAAGUUGGUAAUUUAUCAAGCACGCUACAAAGAAAACCGACCAACUAUUGUGCAUUUAAAAUACAGCAUAAAACAACAAGUUGAGAUAGAGGAGAGUAUAGCCAGGUUAACAGGAAAACAAGAGAGUUUUGAGAAGAAAUGGGAGAAAUUGAAAAAUAUUACCAUAUAAGAUAAAAUGGAAACAAGUGUUAUUUUAGGUAACACCUUGGUCCUUCAAGACAAAACUGCACUAGGUAUACAUUCAUACAAGUUAUAAUAACACAAACAUAAACUAGUGUCUAGUGGUGAAACACAAUACAGCAAAAAAAAAAAAAA